ACAAAAUUACGGGAGAAAUUGAAGUUAUCUGGCUUGUCUUUAGCUAGCACACACAGUCACGUGAUACGUCUUGGCAGGCACAGCAGGCAUAAUUCCAAGAUGGCGGUAUGUAUAGCUGUCAUCGCUAAAGAGAAUUAUCCUCUGUUCAUCCGAAGUGUACCCGUACAGAAUGAACUGAAGUUCCACUACACGGUGCAUACCUCUCUGGAUGUGGUGGAGGAGAAGAUUUCAGCAGUCGGCAAAGCAAUGGCAGACCAGAGAGAGCUUUACCUUGGGUUGCUGUACCCAACGGAGGACUACAAAGUAUAUGGCUAUGUGACAAACUCUAAGGUGAAGUUUGUCAUUGUCGUGGACUCAUCAAACACAUCUCUGCGGGACAAUGAGAUUAGAAGUAUGUUCAGAAAGCUACACAACUCAUUUACUGAUGUGAUGUGCAACCCAUUCUACAAUCCUGGAGACACCAUUCAGUCUAAGGCCUUUGACAGCAUUGUGUCUGCAAUGAUGGUGCAAGCUAGCUGAUAUUGUCCUCCUGAACAUAAUUUCCAGAAACCCUUUACAUGUUGCCUCGUAUAACAAUGAAAUAAACUUUCCAUCAGAACCUCCAUUUCAAAUAAGCACUCAAGUGUAAUUCAUUUAUUCAUUUCUAAAGCAAAAGAUAGUUGACAAAUUAUAUACAGCGAUAAACAUUGCUUCAAGUACAUAGCAACCACUCAGUCACUCAAACUGCCAAUUGCAUGUCAAUAUAGUUACAAAAGAAAGCCAAUCACACCAAAUGUUAUCAUUUGUGUUUUACAACAACUAUACUUACAAGCUCGAUAGCCACACCAACAGAAUGAGUGAUCUGAUCAAAACAUCCUUAAAAAAAAAAAAAAAAAAAGUAUCUGACAUGGCAAAUGGCUGUGCAUUCAAAAAGUUAUUGGGGUAAAUAAUGGCACAGAAACUGCUCAAGAAAUAAAACACCACCAUAGGCACAAUCUUUAACUGUAUUAAGCAGCAAACCAAGGCUGGCCUCAUCCAUUUCCCCUACAAUAAGAGGACAAAAUGGCCAUUGCAAAGUCUUUCUUGUUAGGAUUAAGUUGCAAUAACUUUUUAUAGAGACAGUUAACAAAAGUUGCCAUAUGAAUUAAUUCAAUGAGGUUGAAAUCUGCUUUUCUCUCAAUUUCUGCCCAUUAACAUGCAUUGAAAAUAAUUUGCAAAUGAGUCGAGUAGAGACGAGCAAGACACGAUUUCCUGAAAUUCUCAUUCCAUGUUGAUAUCAAACAAUAACUUGAAUCCAGACGUGAUUCAGUAGUGUUGCUGCGGGUGCAUGUGUCCACUGUGCCCCGGCCCAGAGUGGUCAGUGGGUGGAGUUAUGAGAAGAAGGCAUGGGUGCCGUUUAGGGCCCUGCUCACGGUGCUCAGGAACCCCCCAGUGUCUCUUCCCAGCUGGGGGCCCGUAGGGGUGUGGUGAGACUGACCUGGCAGGGCCAGUAUUGUAGCGGAACCUGCCUUGUUGAUACCCAUUGUAUCUGGGUGGGUGGAAACCUCGCCCCCUGGAUCGAGCACCUCUGUGAAUCCCCCUGUCUGUGGUGCUGAUUCCUGGCAUGUUGGUCCUUUUAGGCAAUACCUGCAAUGCAAAGGCCACAGAAACGACCUACUAAAAGACCUGGAAUCAUAAUUAACAGGGAAACUUAAUUCUGCUCAAUUUAUUCAUGAAUGUGCAACUUUGUCAAGUGUGUUUUGAGUUUAGAAUUCAGGUUUCCUUUCCUACUAACCUUAAUGACUCUGUCUCUGAAUACCGUCUCAUCCAGGCUCAUGGCAGUCUGCACUGAGUCCCUGUCAUGGAACUCAAUAUAUGCAAAACUGGGAGAAAGAAAGUCGUUAACAAUUUGAGUAUGUGAUUGUGUAUAAGUUAACAGAACAUACAAAAUGUCCAAGAAACAAAUAAAAUGGGUCGUAAACCAUGUAAUUGGACUUUGCAUUGAAACUGAGGUCCCACAUGAUGGGAUGGAUAGUUAACCUCACCCCUUGGGAUGGCCAGAGAAUUUGUCACAAAGGAUGGUUACUCUGUUGACAGGACCACAGCCAUUGAAAUGAAUCUCCAACUCAUCUGCAGUGGCACCAUACUCCACCUGUUUAAUGUCCAUAAAAUAUCAUGAGUCUAUGCAUGAGGACCCUCGGUUACUGUGUGGAUAUCGUAUUAAAUAUGAAUUGUGUAUAACUUGACAUGAAUGCUAAAUGUAGACAAUUAAAAAAAAAUAAACCUUACAUUUCCCACAUA